AUGGACGCUGCAGGUGGCUUGGGUCGCGACUUCAAGGUGGUGUACAUGGCUCCAAUGAAAGCAUUGGUGGGUGAAGUCUCAGAGAAGUUUCAGCAACGUCUUGGACCCCUUGGUGUGAACGUGGCCGAAUUCACCGGGGACAUGAACCUCACCAAGAAAGAACUGGAGCAGGUGCAUGUCAUCGUCACAGUACCAGAAAAGUGGGAUGUGAUGACCCGAAACACCGCGUGUGGUGGUGGCCAGAUUCUCGUCGCACCGUUGCGCGGUAGGUAG